AUGAUUGAAGAAAAGAGAGAAAGGGCACAUUUCAGAGAAAUCGCCACAAAGCAGAGAGCAACAAGGCGAUACAAUUCACGAGUCAUACAAAGAAGAACGAAGUUUUCUUAUCAUCUUCUCCAGAACGAGUUUCACAAGGUCAUCAAUCAUCAAUCAUCUUCUUCGUCAUUCCCAAUCAUCUCUCAAAUUAGGGCACAAUCGGAACGACGAACUUCACAAUCGGAACGACGAACUUCUUCUUCUCCAGAACGAGUUUACUUUCGUGGCUUUAAGGAUUUGUUUGACUGGAAGCAUUUUAUUGAUACAUUGAAGGAUGAUGUCCACAUAGUAGAGACAUUACCACCUGCCUUUGCCGGAAUUCACCCUUUCUCAAAAACUCCAAUAUCUUGGUCUAAGGUUCCUUAUUACAAGACCGAAGUUCUUCCCCUCCUAAAUCAACACAAAGUUAUCUAUUUCACACAUACCGAUUCACGGCUUGCUAACAACGGCAUUCCAAAAUCCAUACAGAAACUAAGAUGCCGUGUAAAUUACAGAGCAUUGAAAUAUUCAGCUCCAAUUGAAGAAUUCGGAAACAAAUUGGUAUCUAGAAUGCAGCAGAAUGGAAAUCCUUAUCUUGCCCUUCAUUUAAGAUAUGAGAAGGAUAUGCUUGCAUUUACCGGCUGCAGCCACAAUUUGACUGCAAAAGAAGAUGAAGAACUGAGACGGAUGCGAUAUGAAGUCGGUCACUGGAAGGAAAAAGAGAUUAACGGGACUGAAAGGAGAUUGCUUGGAGGUUGUCCGUUAACUCCAAGGGAAACUUCCUUAUUACUUAAAGCACUUGGUUUUCCAUCACUUCAAUAAUCCUCUAUGGUUCUAUUCCUAACUGAUUGGAGGUUUGGUUGAUGAAACUGCUUUCACCGGGAAUUAAUGUUGCAGCAGGCGUAUAUCAGUGGGGUGAGUGUUUUUGUUAGCAUUCAUAAUUAUGGAAUUUGCUACUAUGGAUGUGUUUGCCUUAUUUUGAUUGCAUAGGGACUCAUGUGUUUUGGGUAGGUCUAUUGGCUGUUGGUGGUUAAAAUUUAUGGUAUUUUAGGCAAGUAUUAGGUCUUUAUAUCAUGGUAUUUUAGUGUUUACCUACAUGUAGAUUCAACACCUAAAAAUUAUGGUUAAUCAUGUUUGAUGUCGUGGUUAAUGAAAUUAUGUUGAUUACUAAUGUGUGUUUACAUAUGGUAUAUCCAUUAACCAUUCAUUACAGAAUUAACCACAUAUUUGUACUUUCGUUUUAGCAUUGCGUUAACAAUGGAGCUUGAAUCCAUCUCUAUAAUGAUCUGAUUUGCACUGCGUUAACAAUGCAGCUCGAAUCCAUCUCUAUAAUGAUUUGAUCUGAUUUGCACUGAUUUGCACUUUGGCUUCUCAUA